AUGAAACGUACACGUUUUUUGAAAUGUUUUUACCGUAAAAAAAAUUCACAACAACGGUCAAGACAUGUAUCAUCUGUCAAAUAUUCAAUUGUUGGGGUGGAUGAUGAUUUUGAAAUGAUUAGUUUAACUGAAAGUUUUAAAAGCUGUCGAAUUGACGAAAAUUCACAAAAUAGAGAAAAAUUGUCCAUCAGGAAACUAGGAAUUCGUUCACUUGCACUCUUUAUUUCUUUCAGAAAAGAUGAAAAUUAUAAUUUGGAAUUUGAUACUAAAGAAUUUCAUUUUUUUGGUUUUCAUCCCGUCCAUCAUAAUUUUUCCAAGUACAAAAAUCAAUCAGAAUUAUUGCAUACGGCUGAAUUCGUUCAAAAUUGUGCAUUGAAUUGCUGGGCAAAUGGGUGGAGGAUUAUCGUUAUAAUGCAUUCGCAUUUAAGGUGUUGCAAAUUUAUUUGUGAAUUAAUAAACCAAAUCCGUAAAUUUUGUGACAACCAAACUUUAGAUAUUGUGAUUACUCAACCAAAGAAUAAAAAUGAGAAACUUGAAGCUAGAGAGAAUAAUGAGUAUAUUAGACAAUUUAAUGCAAACUUAGGUCCCACUGCUCUAAUUGGUUUGCCUUCGGAUGGGCUUUUCAAUAUUUUUUGUACACAUGAAAUUUAUAAAGAUGAUGAAAAUGGUAUUCAGUUCUAUGAUAAAAAGGAGCCUUAUUAUGAAUUCACUAAUUUCUUCGAGACUCCUAUCCAAAUUGAUAGUAAAAAAUGGAAAAACUCUGAAAUAGUCCAAGCACAGAAGUUUAGGGAAGAAUCACUUCAAAAUAAAAUUCGCUUUGCUUCAAAUGCUCGUGAAGCGUUCAUGAUUGCUCGAAAAAAUGAUAAUUUAAAGCGUAAAGAUUGGGAAUUAUCAAAACAACCAACUGGCAAAAUAUUUAAAGAAAAUGUAAUGAAGAAAGCUAUUCAUGAAAAAUUUUCUCAGAAUAAAAAUUUACGAUAUAAAUUACUUUCUACAAGUAAUGCGCCGUUGUUCGAACACACCGAUAAUGAUUAUUAUUGGGGAGAUGGGGGUAAGCAGGGCGGCGGACGUAAUAGGCUUGGUGAAAUUUUGCAGGAAGUCAGGGAAAGUUUAAUGUUGGAUGAAAUUCGUAAGCUAGAAGAACAUUAUAAUAGAAGAGGAAAGAGAUGGAUUAUUGAAGAUCUAGAAGUACUAAUUCAAAGAAAAUUAAGAUCUCUUAAUAUCAAUCAAGCAUUAAGAAAUACUGAAAAAUUAUUUGUAGCUUUAGAUCAAAAACCUUUUUUAAAGUGUCUUAAAUUCAACUCUGUGGAUUUUUCAACGAUCUCACCUGAAGAUAUAAAAAUGCUCUCUCAAUGUAGAAAUUUGAUUUUAUUGGAAUUUGUGAAUUGCAAAGGGAUAACUUUGGAUCAUUGUACUACUUUAUUGAUUGAUCCAUUAAUCAAGUUGAAGGAACUUAAACUUUUAAGUAAAUAUUUUGAUCCACUCGUUGUCAAUUCUUUGAUUACUAUGUGGGGUUCAAAUUUAGAAACUUUAUAUAUGAAUCAGGUUAAAACGCUCGAAUUAUCAAAUACUUUGAUAAAUUAUUGUUCGAACCUUGAAUAUUUUCAUGUUUAUAUUACAGAUGGAGAUGGAGAUGUAGAUGAAUUCUUGUUACAAUUUCUUAGUCAAUCUUCUCUUCAACAUUUUACUAUGACAACAUAUUAUUCCGAUAAUUUUUCUUAUAAAUUGGGACAAAAUUUACCAAUUACAUUAAAAUGUUUAGAAUUAAAAAAAUGUUCUUUAACUUCAGAAGGUUUUGAUAAAUUUUUAAAAAAUUGUAGUCAUUUGGUUAAAUUAGAAAAACUUACCAUUGGGAAUAAUCAACCAAAAUUGGAUCAUUAUAUAAGUCUUAGAGAAUUUAUUAAAUCUUGUAAAAGUUUAAAAGAAAUUACUUUUUAUUAUUUAUCUUUUUUUAUAGAGGUUUCAAUAGAGGAAAAGAUUAAGGAAAUCAUUAAGGAAAUUUCAAAUUAUGGUGUUGUUUGCAGAUAUUACGGUUAUGAAAAUAAGUCUGAUGAUUAUUAA